AUGAAUUAUCCAACUGAUGAGUAUGAUAUUCGUCUAAGAAAUCUUGAAAAAAACCAAGAACGCUAUACUAACGUAAGAAACAGCAACGGUUAUGGUGGAAGGUACUCUUACAACAGUAAUAGCUACAGAGGAUCUUAUAGAGGCAAAUCUUACCGCGGAGGUCGUGGUGGCUACAGCUCAAAUAGGUACAAUAGUUCGUACCGUCAUCCAGAAAGCCCAGAGACGUAUCAUAAUGGGGGUUACUCACGGAGCAAUUACCGGAACGACUACUACGGCAAUCGCGGUGGUUACCACAGCUCCAACCGUCCUCCAAGCUACAAUAGCUAUUCUAACAGGUAUCCAAAGAGUCAUCCUUCAGUAAGCUACGGAAACCGUCACCAGAAUCAGUUGGACAGGAAUGCUGAGGUUUCAGUUGCCCCACCUAUAGUGGAUGCGCCCGUGAUUACAAGGCGCAUAAAUCCGAAGGACUCUCCAUUCUUAUAUCUGACAGAACUUGAUAAGUCAGUGGAUUCUGAGAAAGAUCUUGCCUAUAUUCGAGAAGUUUUUCAAGAUAGUGAUUCAAUCGAUGCCAAAUUAGAAGAGCAGAAAUUGCAAAUAUGGAAGAAUGAACUCGAGCUAGGACUUCUAAGUACACAAUCUGAAAAAGAUGCGUUGAGCGUGCAAUUGACACAAGAGAAGCUGGAUGCUCUCUUACUAAUGGAUUGA